AUGGCUGAUUCGUAUGUUGUUGACCUGGACAAGAAGACUUGCACUUUUAGAGUGUGGCAACUUAAUGGGUAUGGAUGUGUGCAUUCAGUUGCAACUAUAUCAUUUCUCAAUAGUGAUGUUGGUGGUUAUGUUGAUACAAUGCUCUAUGGAGCAGUCUACAAGAACACCUAUAAGUAUCUAAUUCAGGGGAUGAAUGGUAGCAAUAUGUGGCCACCUACUGACUUCAUACCACCUCUUCCACCAAUGAAGAGAAGAAUGACAGGUAGAACAAAGGUUAACAGAAGACGAGAUGCAUCAGAGAAGCUACCAAGGCACACUGUGUCUAAGGCAUGGAAAAAAAUAUCAUGCAGUGUGUGUAAAAAUGUAGGGCAUAACAAGGUCACAUGUCCUUAA